AAUUAGGUCUCAGUUAACUAUUUAUUUUUACUGUUCAAAGGUAUAAUAACUCUAAAUUAACAAUGGCUACAGACAUGAUAAGAAAGCCUAAAGAUAUAUCUUUCAGUGAUAUAGUUGUUGAUAUAUGCUUCCACCCUGAAAAAGAUGUCAUCGCCUCUGGUACCAUAGAAGGAGAUGCAUAUUUACAUUCGUACUCCACUACAUCAGAGAAUAGCGAGUUGAUGAAAUUGUCACAUCACAAAAAGUCAUGUCGUGUCGUUCGUUUCUCCCCUAGCGGAGAAGAACUUCAUACAGCAUCAAAAGACAAAUCAUUCAAUUCUAUAGACCUCAACACAGGAACAGUGAAGAGAAAAGUGAAGAGCGCCCACGAGUCUCCAAUAUAUAGUAUGUUAGUAACUGGGGAAAACUUUCUUGUAACGGGAGAUGAUGAUGGUCACUUAAAGUUAUGGGAUUUGAGACAACAGAAGGCUGUAAUGGAAGUGAAAGAAUCAGAAGAAUUUAUCAGUGAUAUAGCUGUGGACGAUGCUAAAAGAACACUUCUAACCACUAGUGGAGAAGGAACCCUCACAGCAUUUAAUCUGCGGCGAAAAAAGUUGGAUACACAGUCAGAAUUGUUUGAUUCCGAGUUUCUCUCAUUGGCUAUUGUAAAGAGAGGUCAGAAAGUAGUAUGUGGCUGUGGAAUGGGAGAGUUGAAUAUCUUCACAUGGGGAGAGUGGGGUAAUAUAAGUGACCGGUUCCCGGGUCACCCAAUGUCAGUAGAUUGUAUGGUACCCUUAACAGAUGACAUAGUGUGUACUGGUUCAUGUGAUGGAAUGAUAAGAGCAGUAAAUAUUCUACCGAACCGUUUCUUGGGAGUUGUCGGGGAGCAUCCAGGUGAUUUUCCUGUGGAGAACCUUUCACUUUCUAGAGACAAACACUGGCUAGCAAGUUGUUCUCAUGAUCAGAAAAUUAAAUUCUGGAAUGUAGACAGUAUCAAGGAUGAGACUGUUGAUGUGAAAAGCAGGGCGAAAAAAGGAAACAAAUCCAAAUUUCUCAAAUCAUCAGAUAAAGGGGAUUUCUUUGCUGACAUGGCUGCUGAUGAAAAUAAUGCUUCUACAAGUGGUCAGGGUGAAGGUGAUGAUGAUGAUGAUAGUGAUGAAAUGGAUGAUAGCGAUGAUGAGGAUGAUUGAAUAAAAAAAAUUUUAUAAGAUGCAAA